UACUCGCACGGCGUAUACGCCAGCCCGGAGCACACAGACGGCUCUGCAGAGGCUGCCUCGCAACAAGGGCAAGCAAAGCCGGCCGUGAAGCGAAAACGCGAGAACCGGUAUAAGAAUGCGCCGCCAUCAGUCCUAUCUCGUCGCCGAGCUCAGAACCGCGCCUCGCAACGAGCAUAUCGCGAGCGCAAGGACCAACGCAUUAAGGACCUCGAGAUGCUGCUCAGCGAAGCACAGCAGAAGAACGACGUUUUGAGCCAGGCGUACACGCAGCUUCAGGCCGAGUACCUCAAGUUGAAGAGCGAGCAG